AUGUAUCGUUUCAGUGACCAUUCUUACAAGAUUCUACUCCUAGGAGAGACUGGAGCUGGAAAGACCUCUCUUCUCACUCGUUAUGUGGAUAAGGUGUUCUUGGAGCAGGCCGAAUUCAAUUCCCCGGAUCAUGAUGACGUUAAAAUCAAACGCUUAGACUGUAGUGGUUUACUGGUGGACCUUGAACUGUGGGACUUGCCAGCCAAGAGCAUUGACCCGAAAGUGUUGGCACAUCUUAAUGGGGUGAUGUUUUGUUACAACAUUUCAGAUAAGGAGUCGUUUUCGCGACUGUCGUAUUGGCUGGAGCAGGUGGACAAGUACAGUAGCGAUAUGGUGUGUAAGGUGUUGGUGGGCACCCACAGUGACCUGGCACGGUCUGUUGACAGUGACACCGCUAAGGAAUUAUCGGAGAGACUGAACAUUCCCAGUGUGGACACCAGCGCUAAGACAGGCUCCAAUGUGCGUGCGGCGUUCAUGACGAUCGUGAAGGAGCUGUUGACUCACGAGUACCCCUGGGGGAAGUUUAACGACAUGAGGGUGCGCGUGGAUGGGGAGGGGCGAUCCCAGGAGGAGGACAGCAGCUCGGAAUCGUGUGUUCAAUUCAAGGAUUGGUCAGAAAUCGACGGAAAAAAAUGUAGUGAAAUUAUCGUAGGUAACAAGACUGACAUGGAUGAUGCUCGAGUCGUGGAGUUUGACUCGGCUCAGCAUAAUGAAUUUGAUGAUAUUGUCAUAUUUUCUUUCAGUGAUGGUUUAUUUAAGGUUCUGCUCACGGGAAACGCUGGUGUGGGGAAAUCUUCCCUACUAAUGAGAUACGCGACUGAUAUAUAUCAAGAUGAAUAUGUUCCUACCAUUGGUCUGGAUUUUAAAGUCAAACUUGUGACACUCAAAGGGAAAAGGGUAAAACUGCAACUGUGGGACACUGGAGGACAGGAACAAUUUCGAACAAUAACCAACAGUUAUUAUCGAGGAUGUAACGCAAUACUUCUUGUCUAUGACGUCACGGACCAGGAAUCAUUUAUCAGGCUCAAGGACUGGAUUCGAGAAGUAGACGCCUACUGCAACGAUGACGUCAUCAAAAUAUUGGUGGGCAAUAAGUCUGACAGGUCGGACGCCCGCGUUGUGGACCUGGAUACCGCUAAGGCGUUUGCCGCCGAGCAGGGAGUGGACGUGAUGGAAGUGAGCGCUAAGACAGGGGACAACGUAGAAAACCUGUUCACAGAGAUGACCUCAAAACUGCUGGACUUUCUCGGCGACAGUCCAGGCCAUAAAACACUGAGGCUACAUGACCGUGAACAACAACGACACCGACAAGGCGGAUGUUGCUCAGUCUUAUAGCCAGUUGUGUGUGGCAGAUAGUUCCACAGGCAACUGCAUGGCUCAAUGAUGUGACUAGAAGACACUAACCGUAAACAACAUAUUUGGCGACGUAAAUAUUUCUGAUCAUUGGCUAAACUCAAAGAACCGUUGGUUAUCCUGUGUUAUGUCGAACUUACAGACUUAUUACUCGUCGAUGCUCGUUCAACCAAUCAUAAGCAGCAUUUCAAUCAACCAAUCAUAAACAAUGACCCUUAACCCAUGAAUCAUAUUUUUGUUGGUAGUUCUAGUGAUCCUAUACCCAUGUGACCGAUCUGUACAUUUUCUUUGUUUAUUUAUUUGAUUAGGGUUUUACACCGCACUUAAGAAUAUUUCCAUUAUAGAACGGCGACCAAAUUAUGGUGGGAGGAAAACCGGGUAGAGCUCGUGGGAAACUCACGACCAUCCGGCAGUUGUUGACAGACCUUCCAUGUACGACCAGAGAGGAAACCAGCAGGAGCUGGACUCAGUGUGACCACACUGGUCAGAGGCUCUAUUGUGUUGCACUAUAGCACGCUGAGCACUCAGCUGUGGAGGCUCCACUGCACAUUUUUUGAAAGUGUCACAAUACUGCUCUCAAUAACUGUAAUUAUGUAAAUUGUUUUCACCAUA